AUGUCUCCUACAGCAACCGCUUACCAGGAUUCUCAAGCCACAAUUCUGCCAGCCAAAGUCAAAGAUGUUGAUGCUAUGGCUGCCAUGGCCCACAGAGGCAAGGCCCUUCCUGGUAUCCCCAGAAUUGAUUCCCAUACCGAGAAGCGCAAAUGGCAGCUACAACACAUGGCAGGUGCCUUCCGAGUCUUUGCCCGCGAGGGGUACGCAGAAGGAAUUUCAGGACAUAUCAGUGUGCGAGAUCCCGAGUUCGAAGAUCGAUUUUGGAUUAAUCCACUCGGUGUACACUUUGGAAUGUUAAAGGCAAGCGAUAUGAUUUGUGUGACUAUCGAUGGUGACGUGGUGGGUGGAAAUACGGCUGGCUCGAUCAAUGCAGCUGGAUUUCAGAUCCACAGCGCAGUACAUAGAUCACGUAAAGACGUGCAUGCUAUAUGCCACACGCACUCGGUACACGGACGAGCUUGGUCGGCAUUUGCAAAGCCCCUGGAAAUGAUCAAUCAGGACGUGUGUUAUUUUUACAAAGCCCACUCUGUGUAUUCCAACUACGGAGGUAUUGCCAACGAGGCAUCCGAGGGGCAGCGAAUCGCAGAAAGUUUGGGCGAUGGAAAGGCUGUGAUAUUGAUGAAUCAUGGCCUGCUCACUGUAGGGGAAACUGUUGAUGAAGCAGCAUUCCUAUUCUGCCUGAUGGAAAGGAGCUGCAAAGUCCAAUUGUUGGCCGAUCGGACAGAACUUAAGAAGCAAAUCGUGAGCGAUGAGGAGGCCGCUUACAACUUCAAGAUGGCAAGCACUCCGGUACGAUCGAGCUUGAUAUUCAUCUUCAAAAAAGACAUAUUACUAAUAUACAAGCAGGAGACCCUUUUUGCCGAGUUUCAGCCCCAUCUGCAGUACGAGGAACAUAUUUGCAAAGGCGACUUCAAGUUUUAG